UGGCCGUUAUCACACACAGUUCUGUUUUAGUCUCGUGAUUUGCGCUAAUCUCGCGUCAAAACUCAUAGAGUGUCUCAUCUUUUUAUUCUCAAAUUUUUGAAAAUGACUGGUUUCGUCUAUAAGGAAUUCUUGCACGACACUGCUGAGGGGAUUUUUUUGCGCGUAUGUGAUAGCGAGGUUAGCAUUGAUAGGAGUGGUUAUCAGAAUGGGAAGUAACCGUAGAUAGAUUCGGCAAGCAACAAAGUUUCAUGUGUAAACAGAUCGGUUACUCCUCUACCAAUAAUUUAGAUGAGACCAGAUAAUAUACAUCUGCCGUAUUAUUUUUUUCUAUAAAAAUCGCAUAAUUUUGCCAGACGACUCUUGGAGAGCGAGCCUUUAACAUCAAGACUUCAGACUUCCGACCUGUAGAGUUGUUUUAACUAUUCCUUAUGGAUUUGCAGCCAGGCAUGAUGAAUUACUCAACAUACUACAACAUGUACGACUAUUAUCUUCCGGAUAAUAAUUCGGAUUAUUUUACACCUCAUCCAGAUCACUUUAUCCCACCACCAGUUCCUGGACAUAUCAAGAUAAUUUUUACUGUGGUGUAUUCCAUUAUUAUGCUCUUUGCACUCUCUGGAAACACUCUGGUCAUUUUUGUCAUCCUGGGUAACAAGUCUCUACGAAACGUGACCAACAUGUUUCUGAUCAGCCUCGCCAUCAGUGACAUUUUUAUUUCCGGGUUCAAUAUUCCUCUUGGUUUACUAUAUAACUUUAAUGGAGAAUGGACGCACGGGGAGAUCCUCUGUAAGUUUGUGUCCUUUGCCACGAGUGUUAAUGUCAUCGCCAGCAUCAUGACCUUGACGGCUGUAGCUCUAGAAAGAUACUAUGCCAUUUGUCAUCCCCUAAAGAUGCGGUACCUGAAGAAAACCACCCGCGUGGUGGUGGUUAUGAUCGCCAUUUGGAUCUUGGCACUCGCAGUGUCCUCCCCAUUCCUGGUUAUUCAAAGAAUUGGGAAACGUCUGAAAGUAAUCAACGAGCUUCCCGGAUUGGCGUUCGUGGAGGUUUGUGUGGAACACUACGAGACCAAAGCGUUGGAAGAGGCCCACACUCUGGUACAAUUCACCGUAUUUUACUGUGUACCAAUCGGAAUAAUGUUGUUUGCUUACGGCAAGAUCGCCCAUCAGUUGUGGAUCAGGAAACCGAUCGGGGACUCCCAUGACUGGGAGAAAUCCUUGAAGCAGAAGAAGAGCAUCAUACGAAUGUUGAUUGUGAUCGUUCUCAUCUUUCUCUUAAGCUGGUUACCAUUCUUCGCCGUUCAUAUUUACCGCUUUUAUCAUUACGUACCCUAUGAGAACUUCCGUCUGGUGAGUCUUGUCGUUCAGGUCAUCGGGUUCACGAAUUCAGCAUUGAACCCGAUCAUUUACGGAUUCAUGAACCAGAAAUUCAAGCAGACAUUUCGUCAUAUGUACACCAGACUUCGGAUGAAGAUUUACCGAGGGAACAAUGCUUCAGUACAUAGUCAGUCGAGUUCCGCCCCGAACAGUCAAACAGCAGAAAGUGUGGUCUAACGGUGAUGCACGUAGUAACAACUCUUUUUGAACAAGAAAAUACCCAAUUGCAUUGUGGGUCGUUCUAUCAAUGAAUCAUGCUGGUUCAUGUACAUGUGAAUUUAUUCUUAUUAUAAAUCUGUACAUAUAUUUUCAAUUUCUAUGAUAACUUUUAACCCAUGUUGUCUCAGCAUCAGAAAUAUAUUAUAUUUUCAUUAGUUAUUUUCCCUUUGUCAUUUUACUUGUAUACGAGAAUAAAAAUUGAUUGUAUCGAA